AUGGAUUUUCUAAGUCUUGAGCCAUCAAAAGGAGGCAUGAAGGAUAUUUUAGUAAUAACAGAUCAUUUCACUAAAUUUGCCAUGGCCAUUCCAACUAGAAACCAGAAAGCAUGCACGACAGCAAAACAUCUUUAUGAGGGCUUUAUUGUGCACUAUGGUAUGCCCGAACGCUUGCACUCAGAUCAAGGGCGCAAUUUUGAAUCUGAUGUUAUUCGUGAACUUUGUCAGAUAAUGGGAAUUGAGAAGUCUCGCACAACACCAUAUCAUCCACAGGGAAAUGGACAGUGCGAACGUUUCAACAGAACACUGUUAAACAUGAUAGGCACAUUGGAAAACCACCAGAAAGCUGACUGGAAAUCUUACAUAGCGCCAUUGGUACAUGCCUACAAUUGCACCAAGCAUGACACUACAGGGUAUUCACCUUAUUGUCUCAUGUUUGGGAGAGAAGCCCGUACAGCUCUAGAUGUUCAAAUGGGUGUACAAGCUGAUGAUAUAAGAUCAGAAAUGACUAUUACUCAAUAUGUUAAAGAUUUGAAACAGCGAUUGGAAUUUGCCAAUGAAGUUGUAAGACAGAACAUACGUAAAGCUGGUGCAGUUAAUAAGAAACGUUAUGAUAGUAAAGUGUUUGAUGUGAGUUUAUGUGAAGGUGAUUGGGUUCUUGUUAAGAAUGUCAAUUUAACUGGUAGUGUGAAGAUCAAAGAUCGCUGGGAGGAAGCACCAUAUCAAGUUAUUCGUCGACUAAGUCCGGAUAUGCCAGUUUAUGUUAUCAAGUCUGAUGCAACUGGUAGAACACGUACGGUACAUAGGAACUUGUUGAAGCCAUGCUUAGAUGAAGUUAAGCCUGAUGCAAUGAUAGUGCCAAAAGUGCCAGAAAAAGCUUCAAAACGAAAAAUGCCUUCAAGACGACCUGUGAAAGUUAUCAUCACUGAGAGAGAUUCAGAGUCGUUGAGCUCAGAUGAUGAGUAUGAAUAUCAUUAUCUUAGAAGCAGGGGACUGAAUCCAAAUAGCAAAGUUUUCAAGCCAGCAACAAUGGUUGAACGUGUUCUACCGACCAUUGAAGCUGACAUGAGAAUCGAGACUGGUUUGAAAGAAUUGCCUGCACAACAUUUCAAAGAGAACAAAGUAUCCACUGAUGUGAUGACAGAAAUUACCCCCAUGGGUCCGGGAAUUGAGAUACCAAAUGUAUCCUUUGAGAUUAAUACAAAUGAUACGUAUGAUGAAACAAUUGAGACGACUGAGCUUGAAAAGACUGAUGACAUGGGAGAUAGAAGUCAAAGUGAUGAAACCCAACCUGAAAAUAUGUCUGCAGCUGAUAAUGUUGUACCUGAAGAAGUCCAAGAGAUCAUUGGGGCUGUAUCUGAACAGAAAGAAGACGAGAGUGUAUACAAACAAAGCGAUGAGAUUGCUGAACCUCAGGUCGAUGGAACUGUACAUGGAGUUGAAACUGAUGACAAAAAUUGUUCUAAUGAACCUAACAGAAUUCCUAGAAGAUCUACUAGAACUAGACGUCCUACGCACUAUUAUGGAUUUUCUAACAAAGCUGGAGUCAGAGAGAUGUGA